AUGAAAAAGGGCAAACAACCUCUCCCUUCUCCUGCUCCUGCUUCUGGCUCAUCACCACUGGCACCACCGCCACAGGACACAACAACAACAUCAACAUCAACAGCAACCUCACCCACCACAAGCACAUACACACCCGCAGCCACGCUGGCCGACACAACAGGAGCUGCCUCUUCCCCAAACACCUCUAACACAACCGCCGCACCAUCCCCAGCAACCACCAUGUACGAAUACGAACACAUCAUGACCUUUGACCAACCCAUGGUCCUCGGUUCCUACCCAACCACCACUGCCGCUACCACCACCACCUCCUCCACCACAGCAGCAGCAACCUCGUCUUCAACCACCGCCGCCGCUGCUUCCGCCGGCGCAACAGUCACCAAGUCGAUCAAAUCCGACGACUCACUCGCCAUCCGCGGGCCGUUGGAAGUAGACGGGUCGGUCAAGUCGAUGGGGUCUGUGGCGAUGGAAGGGAGCGUGUGGGUGCGGGAUCGGUUGGAGUCGUAUAAUAAUUUGGAGAUGGAAGGGGAUGUCAGUGUGGGGGGGAAGGUGAAGAGUAUGGGGAAUGUGAAGGUUAGGGGGAGGGUGGUUUGCAUGGACAAGGUCAAGAUCUUUGGGAAGUUGAAGAUUCGCGGGACGCUGGAGGUUCAUGGGGAUUUGGAGGUUUGGGGCGCGUUGACUAUCAAUGGGUAUCUGAAGUGUCGGACUCUGACGGCAUACUCCUCUCUCACGACUGUGGGCGAUCAGUCCUGGUAUGAGGCGGAAUUGGGCGAGAAGGUGCACGGCGCCAAGUUGAUCCAGCGAUACUGA